CCUAGUGCUGCUGCUGCCCAUCUCACUCUCCAGCUACAGGCUUCGAAAUCCAGCUCAUUGACUCCCUUGCUCAUCAGGGACCACGGGGUAGUCUCAGCCGGAGUCCUUCCAUGCUCUUCAGAUCGUGGGGUCAGGAUGUUGGGGGCAGCAUAGGAGGAGGUGGUGAUGUCACAACUGCAGUGCCCUUUCCAGCGGUGCUUUUUCCAAUCAGUUCUGUCCAGGUGACUGUGCCCAGGUUAUGACGACUAAUCCUAAACCAAACAAGGCAUUAAAGGUUAAGAAGGAGUCAGGAGAGAACGCCCCAGUGCUCAGUGAUGAUGAGCUGGUGUCGAUGUCUGUGCGAGAGCUCAACCAGCACCUCCGGGGCCUUACCAAGGAGGAGGUAAUCCGCCUGAAGCAGCGCCGGCGCACGCUCAAGAACCGAGGCUAUGCCGCAAGCUGCCGCAUCAAGCGGGUGACCCAGAAGGAGGAGCUGGAGCGGCAGCGGGUGGAGUUGCAGCAGGAAGUGGAGAAGCUGGCCCGAGAGAAUAGCAGCAUGAAGCUGGAGUUGGAUGCCCUGCGCUCCAAAUACGAAGCGUUGCAGACGUUUGCCCGCACCGUGGCCCGGGGACCCAUUGCUCCCACCAAGGUCGCCACCACCAGUGUCAUCACCAUUGUCAAGUCAGCUGAGAUUUCAUCCACCUCGGUGCCCUUCUCAGCUGCAUCCUAGUGCUCCAGGCAGCUACGGGUUAGAGGGUGGGCAGGGUGAGGGCGGGUAGGACUGACAGCCCUUUGAGAAGGGGAUGGGGAAAUAUCUCUUGUGUUUGGUCAGAGUCUCCUCAGUCCUGUUGAGUCGAUGUGUCUCCUCAAAUACAGUGCAAAUCACCUGCAAAGGGACCCUCAAUGGCCGUUUCACAGUGGCCUUUGGUGGUUUAUGAUAGGAAUCUGAGCUUGGAUGUAGGAUAAGGGAAAGACCUUUUGUUGAACUACCCCAUUCAACUCCCAUUUCCUGUUUCACCCUCCUUUCCCAUUCCCAGACCUUUCUUUCCACCCCUUUGUGACUAUAGCAGAUCUUGUUAUCGAGGAAAAGUUUAUUUCUGGAGGUGCCUCUUGGACAUUUGGCAGCCAGGAAAUGUAUGUGGGACCCCAAGAUUCACCAUAGAAGGGAGCAUUACUCCAGCAUAUUCCUCUCGUCAGCCUAUGGCAACACUGUUCAAGGGGACCUCUGCAUCAUCAUCUUGCCCACCUGAAGAGGCGGCAUCACAUCUGUUUUGUGCUUAAAAUGAAACUUAAGUGGUGACUCUGUAAACAUGAUCUAUUUGAUGUACCCGUUAGAGAAGGCUCUCAGUUUUUAGCUCACAUUUUCAACAAUUUAACCUAUUUUUAACUUUCUUCCCCCCCAGUCUCUCCUCUCCCCUAUGUUCCCCAGUCAUGAGGAAUAAAUUUUCAGGUUCCUGACAUGACUAAAUGCCUGACUUCCCUCCCUGAGCAAGACCUGAACAGAAGGCAUGUAGUGCAGCUUAAUUCUUCCAGGUGUUCCACAUUUAGAAUGCACUCACAGCCCUCUUUUAGCAGUUAGCUUUGGAUUCCCUGGUGCUCCAGUAAAGGAGGUGUGGAAAGUAUUAGGUAGAAGUGUGUGUGUGCGCGCGCGCGUGCACGUGCGCUCAUGCACACGUGUGCACAGGAUUCCCCAGGGAAGGUAUCGUAGCAGUAUUAUCAGGCAGAAACUGAGCAGUGGCAAGGGGCUGUCAGUUCCACAGAGGACUGAUUGAGUACAAAGGUGUUAUUUAAAGAGUAACAAAAUGUUCAGGAUGGUCUCAAGAGUAUAACCAGAGCUUCAGCAGGAAGGAAGUAGCAUGUGUGUUAGGGAAACCAGGACAUCUAGACAGCCCCCUGUAUGCAAACAGGGGCAACUGCUUUAGAGCACAGGGAGGCAAAAACAGCCUUCUUUUGUUCCAGUGGGGAGCCUUUCCCCAUGGGACCAGCUGCCAAAACAGCAGGCAGGUUAUUGGACGCUGUUCAAGAGGAGGGAAGCUUAGAGGAGGAACCAGUGUACGUGUUCAUUGAUUUAGAGCAGAUCUGCAGGUAGGCAUUUCAGAGCUGAGGGCAGCUUCCUUACCUAGUCUGUGUGAAUAGUGUCUUGUGUUCUAGGGAUCUGCUUGCGGUCAGCUCUUAUCCAUGUAAGUGAGAAUACAGAGUCUCCGAAACAUGGUAAUUUUGAGGGACCCAGACGGGAAAUAGCAAAAAGAAGGGUUUUUGUUGGGGAAAGGACUUGAAGAACAUAAGCAAACCUUUUGUUCCAAGGAAAGGAGAUGAGAAGGAUGAAGGGUGUUGUGGGAGGGGAGGACAGAAAGGAACAGAAGCAUCAGAUCACUGAUGCUCUGGCCUGUUAUCUGGUGGCUGAGUGGCAUCGUUUGGUGCCAGUAGAGAUGCUGUCAUGUACAGCACGCAGUGGUUCCUGUUGGAGAUGAGACAGAAGUAGCCUUGUGUGGGCCAAGAGAGUGGUAUGGGGAGUGGAAGGGGUCAAGGGUAAAGGUUAUCUUGUGUCACUGGAAGAAAUAGAAAAUGAGCGUUACAGAAGAGACUAGAAUGUGGUUUGAGGGAAUUAUUGUUGUCUUGGUUGACUAAAGAAGGUAGAUUGUGCACUCCAGGGAGGAAGUGUGUUUUGAACUUGAUUACUGAAAGUUUGAGGUUUACCAGGUGGAUCCUUGAGAAUCUAAUUGUGCCCUUUUGCCGCUGCAUAAAAGAUGAGGGGAAUCUGUGCAACCUUGGUGCUCAAACAUCGUCUGAAGCCUUUAACUCGCUUUUUCUUUCCUGAGCAACUGAGCCAUCAAAGAUCUCACAGUAAUGUUUUCCUGUGGCUCCUUCCCAAUGGAGAGUAGUAAAAGCAACCUCAGAACACUUUCUGGAUGACUCUAUUAAACCUUUGGGAAGGUGUUUAUUUAGCAUUACUACUUCCAGAUCUUCCACCUGCCCUACUAAUAGAUUGGUGUUGACUGUUAAGGUUGGGGAAUGAAACUGAAUUAGGGGCAUGUUCCUGGUCAGGAAGCAUAUCCUGUAAAGUUCUCUGGAUCAGCCAAGUGCCCUGGUCUACCAGGUGCAGUCUGGAUUCUUUACUCUGUGUAGAUGCCUAUAUGUUUGUCUAUGGGAUGGGAGGUGAGGAAGAGGAAGAGUGGAAGGUGACUCUAUCAAUUGGCUUUGAGAAAGCUUAAAUACACCACAGCCCAAGAGCAACCCUGCACUUGGAGAAAGCUUUGUUGGGUUCAUCAGAAAGAAACCUUCAUCCCACCCCAUUUCCCUCUUACUGUACUCCCCCAACCCCUAAACAAAACAAGCUGCAGAGGACCUUAAGGGUCCUUAACCACAUAGGGAGGCUAUCAUAGGAGUGACACAGGCCCCAAGGGCUGACUCUUCAUUCUGUGUCUUUGCCGUUGGAAUAAAACAAGAAGUAUCUGAACUUCUCCAGUGGCACUGCCAUGUGGCUGAAUAGUUUUCCAUUUCCUGGAAGAGUGCCAAAGGGUUGGCCAAGCUGGGAGCCUGGUCUCUACCAGUAGGCACUUGGAUUCUUCCAGAACAAGAGACCUGAGUGUUAAUAAAGCUGUUGAUACCAUGGCCAUGGUAGGUAAUCCAUAUUGGAUAUCAAUAAGGACCACGUGGAAAUAUUUAAACAGAGAGAGAAAAAAGUAAAUAAAUAUAUAUAUAUAUAUAUAUAUAUAAUUAUAUACACAUUUUAUCGUACAGAUUUUUCGUAAGCAAAAUUAAUUUUUUUUCAAGUUUGAUACUGUAAAUCUUUAUUAAAAAUAAUUGUCAGGUCAGGAGUCCCUGACCUGGCAAUUUGACCCGGGGGUAGAGAAUGGAAGUGUCUUCCCUUCUUUAUCCCUAACUUCUACAAAUGAGUCAUAACCACAGACUCUGUGGAAGGAGGGAUCUGUAGGCUGCUCUCCACACCCAGUUUUCCUUCUUCCAUUCUGAGUAGGACUCUGGCUCUAAGGCCCAUGCAUUCUAAACUCUAUUCUGCAUGACAUUCCUCUGAACCACUGCCCUAGGCUUGGGGGAUGAGACCCCAACCAGGGCUAUAACUCCCAUCAGAUGUCAUGCCCUGGCAUUUCAUUUCCCAGGUAUUCCAGCCAAAUCCUCUCCCCAGCCCUGCAGUCGGCCCCACAGAUAAUCCCAAGCAACAGGAUUUCCUGCCAACCCCCUUUUUCCAGGGUAGGUUUCAUUCUGAAGUUCUGGUGUCCAAGGCUGGAGUGCUCCUGCUCUCCUUGCUUGUGAUACACAGUAAAGGCAGGUGGGUUUUUAGUAUUGUUACCUUUUUCACACAUUGCUGAUCCCCCUCUGGAUGGGAGGGACGGUGUUGUGCAUGGACGAGUCAACUUUUCCAUUGAAUUCUUGACCUAUAAACCCCUUCCUAGAAUGCAGGGUGGAGAGCCCGGGACGUUAUAUGCAAGAGUUAGAGUGGAUCAGUGGCUGUGCUUGCCUGGUCACCUGAAGGAAUUUUGGAAGUAUGGGCAAACAGCUAAUCAAUACCUGAAGUCUGAAGCUGUAGGCUGAGUUAGGGAGCAAUGCAUAUAGUGGAAGAGGAGGAGAAAGUAAGGCACCCCGGGGUGGGGUGGGCAUGGGGUGGCCCAAGGGGAUACUGCUAAGAGAGUUUGGUAUCCCCUAAAGAUGGUGUUGGGCAUAGGCUGGCCUGGGAAAGAGGUGACACUUUUUCUCUCUCUUGCCCUCCCUUUCAAAUCAUUGAAACUUCAUUGUCACAAUUUUAAUAUUUUGGUUGGUUUUCUUUUUUAAUUUAAGAAAAAAAGUCCAUGACCUUUUUGUAACGUGGAUUUGUUUUCCUUUUUCUCUUGUGCUUUAAUCUUCUGGGACCUUUCCAUAGAAGGCAAUUCCUUUGCUUACUUUUCCCCCCCAAUGAUAGGGACAGUCUGUUUAAGUUUUUAGCACCAGCUCAUUCUGUCCCCUGUGGUUAUUCAGUAAUUUCAUUUCAAUAUUUAUUUUUGUGCUGCUUUUUUAUUAUAAUAUAAAUUAUUGAGAAUAUACCAAGUAAUGUGGAUUCCUGUUUGUACGGCGUAUAGCCCAGUGUUUGUGUCCAUCACUUUUCUCUUCUGACAGCCACAACGUAAUUUAUUGCUGUACAUUUAGCUGCUGUGACUGGUUUUGUACCUUUCCAAUAAAGCAUUUUUCUGGUUUUGGA